AUGUUACUAACACCUAAAGUGAAUUAUACAAAUGACAGACGUCAAACACCAAGAAAUAGAUUCGGUUGGGUAAGGCGAUUAAUGCAAGGUCAAAAUAGAGCAACUAUUCAUCCAUCUCCUCCAUCUACAGGAGUUCCAAACACAAGGCCAGUAACUUCUGAUUCAUCGUCCUCAUCACGAGUUCCCGAUAUUACUAAUAGAACCACUAGACUUUCAAAUUCAAGACAUAUAAGGAAUUCAGAAGAUUCACAGAAUCAGAGUGUUAAAUCAACCGAUGAAUCAGAUUCCCUACAUAACGGUGGUGAUGGUGAUGAUGGUGAUGAUAAUUCAUUAGAUGCAAUAAGCGAUAUGCAUAGUGAUAAUGUCAGUACUACUCCAUUAAAAUCCAUAAUAUCUACUCAAUCUACGAAAGAACCAUCAAUAUUAAGUGGUGAUGCGAAUAUUGAUCUGACUUCUUUGAAUGCAUCUACAGCAGAAACUUCAUUAGCUCCUAGUGUAAACACACCAACAAAUUAUACAUUUACACCAACAAUUACCAAUGGAAGCGCCUUGGCUACUCCAACUUCAAAUGGUAGUAAUAAUAAUAAUCAUAACCAAACAUUGAAUUUGAAUAAUUCAGGUGUUCCAGAUCGUGAUAGUGAAUCUAUUGUAACUUUGGCUAGUUCAACAAGAAGAAUUAGAAGAAGAAGUAUUGACACAAAUUGUAGUACUGCUGGUAUUCCUCCUGCUUCAAUUAUGGAAAGAUUAAGUGUUCAACCAGCUAAUAGUAAUUAUGCUACUAGCAUUAGAACAGCAAACGAUAGAGCCAGUCAAGUCGAAGCUGCAUCCCAUUAUGACGAUCAAAGUAGUUCAGUCAGAAGUUUCAAUUGA